AUGUCUAACGUUCGUCCAUGGUUCCGUCUCUCUAGCAUCGCUAGAACUACAUCACAAGGCUCUAGCGACCCACCUCCUCCACCUCAACAAACCCCUAGCCGUCCAGUUGUGGUCAAACCUCCGACAAAAAAAACAUCACCUCCCUCCCCUCCACGUCAGCAAACUCCUCCACCUCCACCUCCUCAAGAGCUGUCUCCAUAUCAUUCACCGUCCAGCCGCCACACGUCCCCACCUACCCCAAUAAAGGCUAAGUCUCCAUUGUCGACACCGACUAGGUCGUCAUACACACCGCAACCAUCUCCCAAGGAGGUUCAGGAAGCCUUACCACCACCGCGAAAACCAACUUCACCACCGAGUCCAGCUCAUUCAACUCGUUUCCGAAAAGCACAACCACCAAAAGUGCUCUCUCCUUACACUCUGCCACCUUCUCAGUUGCAUUCCGAACGUGAAACCACUCAGAAAAACAUUCUCACUGCCGUGCAAACAAGCCAACUCCAUGAACCAAAUCAUCAAGGCAACAACACCAAGAAGACUCAUCAUCAGUCAUAUUUUUCGGAAUCCGGAAACCUAAUGCGCACUCGAUUCAUCACCAUUGCUGGUGAAAACAAAGGUGCUGUAAUGGAGAUCGUACAAUCUCCUUCAACCAGAGAAGGAACACAUUCUUCAGUGAAUGGACAGAGAGUUCAAAGCAGCAGUAGCAGUGAUGAAGGAGAAGGGAAGAAGAAAACGAACAAUAAAAUGGAUCUUCCGAUGAAAGCAUUUAUAAACAGUAACGUUCAGAUGAUAAACAACUCUAUUGUUUACAACUCCACUGCAACUCAUCACGAUCCAGGCAUUCAUCUUAAAGUCUACAGAAAACCUGCCUCUGGCAAUGGUUUCCACGUCAAGGAUUACGGUAAUAACGGUGAUGGAUACACCAACUGA